AUGGAGGAAAUAGAGGCCUCAUCACAUCAAGCAAUCACUAUCACCAAAGCAGGGGCAAUCAGACGUAUGUUAGAGGAUCCCAACUUUAUAUUUUGGCUCGCAGUGUUCCAUAAAAUCAUGCCCCAUGUUGACAUUUUGUAUAAUCAACUACAGCUUACAUACACCGAUGCUGUGCGAACAAAGAAAAAUGUCGAAACAUUUAUUGAAUGCGUCGAAAAAGAAAGGCAAAACAUGGAUAGUGUCAAAAUUGAUGUUGAUCAACUACCUAUGCCUGUGAAAAGAGCCCGACGUGAUGAAAAUAUUCAUGUGACGAGGACAAUUGCCGCAAAAGAGGUGUGUGAUGUUAUUUCCAAUCAAAUAAAAGAGAGAUACUCUUUUUUGACACACCAUUCAGCGGUUUCUCUGUUUGAUUCAAAAAAGUUCACGCACUAUGAGAAAACGUUUCCCAUUCAACUUUUGGAAGAAACAGUGCAGGUGUAUUCAUUUUUAGACAAAGAACGAUUGAAAACAGAACUUUCAGUGAUCUACAAACGAAAAGAUUUUCAAGUCAUGAACGGGACUGUGCCGUUGUUACAGUUCGUUAUUGAGAAUGGCUUACAGACUUCAUUUUCAGAAACUCACAAACUUUUGACCAUUGUUUCUACCAUCCCUAUGACUACUGCGGAAGCGGAACGGUGCUUUUCGACCUUAAAACGCAUCAAGACAUUUUUGAGAAGUACCAUGGGGCAAGAAAGACUAACAGCAUUGGCUAUGUUGUCUGUGGAAAAGGGUAUGAUCAGGAGUAUACCUAACUUUAAUGAGCGUGUAAUCGAUGUUUUUGCUAGGCAAAAAGAAAGAAGGAUGGACUUCAACUUUAAAAACUGUACAUGA